UUAGCGUUUAGAGGUCCACUAAAUCAACUCUUACAUGGUUAUUAUCAAAGCUCGUAUAUGGAUAAAGUGACGAAUGAAACCAAAUGGAUGUCGAUUACUCAAUUUGAGCCAGCUUAUGCUAGGACUGCUUUUCCCUGUUUUGAUGAACCGAAUUUUAGGGCGAAAUUUAAAAUUUGGUUGGGCCAUCAGGAAUCUCUUGUUGCCCUAAGCAAUAUGCCUUUAGCUAAACAAGAAAAGAUGUAUUUGGGAAGCAAUGAAACAGAUAACUAUGUUUGGAGCAUUUUUGAGGAAACUGUACCUAUCCCAACCUAUUUAGUGGCAUACUCUGUGAAUAAUUUCACUUACAAAUUAUCGGGUAAUUAUGGUGUGAAGUUUUAUACUUGGUCUCGUCCGGAUAUUAUCAAUGAAUGCGAGUUUGCCGCUCAAAUAGCACCCGAGCUAUAUAAGUUUUUUGAGUCGCUUUUAGCAGUGCCUUUGCCUUUUACGAAAAUGAAUCAACUUUCUGUACCAAAUUUUGGGGCUCUUGCUAUGGAAAAUUGGGGUUUAAUUACUUAUCGGGAGAGCUCGUUGUUAUUUUCUUCGAAUAUCUCAUCAGAAAUGAGUAGACAGCGUUUAGCUGCGCUGGUAGCUCAUGAAUUAGCUCAUCAAUGGUUCGGUAAUGCAGUAACUUUGAAAUGGUGGUCAGAUAUAUGGAUGAAUGAAGGCUUUGCUACAUAUAUGUCCAUUUUAGGCGUUCAUCAUUUAAAUAGUAAUUGGAAUUAUCUACAAGUCGAAUCUAUGAAUAAUAUUUUAGAUGUUUUUGAAUAUGAUGCUCAAAUCAACAGUCAUGCGCUCACACAAGGAGUUAAGUCCACCGCUCAAAUAACCGGACGUUUCGAUUCACUCUCUUAUAAAAAAGGGGCAAUGCUCUUGCGUAUGUUACACAUGAUCGUAGGUGACGACGCUUUUCUUAGUGGCAUACGUCAAUACUUGUCGAAAUUCCUGUAUACGGCUGAUAAUUACGGUAGUUUAUGGAAUAGUUUCAGCAUAAUGGCUCAUACUUAUCAGCGAAGGAAUGACAUAAAAGUAGUUUUACAUUCGUGGACGUCACAGGCCGGCUAUCCUUUAGUAAAAGUUAUUCGAAAUUAUUCCAACGGUAAUGCGUAUGUUACGCAGCAGCGUUUUUUUUUAAAUAGUUCACAGGCAAAAAAUGCGACUAAACGAUGCUGGUGGAUACCAAUAACACUUGCAAGUGCAUCGCGAUUAGAAUUCUAUAAGCUUAGACCAUCAUACUGGCUCGAAUGCAAAAAAGAUAAAGAAAAUAUAAAUAUAACAUUGAACGAUAUGGCAGAGAAAGGCGAUUGGAUUAUAUUUAAUGUGCAAAUGUUGGGCUUAUAUAGAGUUACGUAUGAUGCAGAAAAUUGGGCUUUAUUAAAUCGUACAUUGAAUAGUGAUAAAUAUACGCAGAUACACGUUCUGAAUCGUGCUCAAUUGAUUGACGAUUCUCUAUCGCUUGCCUGGGCAGGCUAUAUUAAUUAUCGCAUAACUUUGGAUAUAUUAAACUAUUUACAAUAUGAAAAAGAUUAUUUACCAUGGCGAACAGCUUUACGUGGUUUCAUCAAACUUGAUAACAUAUUGAAGGGUUACGAGAAAACCUAUAAACUUUUUACGAAUUUCCUCAAGUAUCUUAUACUACCUACCUAUAAUACGUUGCACGGUUUAAAUAGUACUCAAGAUGAGAAAGAAAUUUCAUAUAUUGAUCUUAUGCAUAAAACGCAAAUAAGUUAUUGGGCUUGUCAUCUGGAAAUUGAUGAUUGCGUAAAUGCAGCUAAACAAUAUUUCGCAAAUUGGAAAAUUUCAAAUAUAAAUAAAAUACCAAUUAAUUUAAGGUUAACUGUAUAUUCAACGGCAAUCAAAUAUGGCAAUCAAAGUGAUUGGGAAUUUUUAUGGCAAUACUUACAAGAAUCAAAUAUAAUCGUCUCCGAGCAGCGAACAAUAAUCCAGGCAUUAUCCUGUUCAAGAAAUAAGACCACUUUAAGCAAUUUUCUUGAUUUGAUGUUUAAUAAUACGAAAUAUAUACAUCGACAAGAUUCUGCCGCUGCAUUUGAAAGUAUAGCACGAAAUAAAAUAGGUUUUCCUAUUGCUAAGGACUACUUUUUCGAACACUUUGAUCAGCUACGGGAAUAUUACGGGACCAUCUCUAAGGAUGUAAUUAAUUUAAUUUUAUCUUUAGCGAGACAAGUAGCAUCAAUGGAACAUAACAUUGGAAUAUUAGAGUUCCUAGCUAAGAAACGUGACAUCUUUCAGCAUUCAUGGAGAACCAUUUUAAGUGCUGUGGAAAUCACACGACUGAACAUUGGAUGGGUUCAUCGUUACCGUGCUACCGUACAUAAUAAUUUAAGAAGACGAAAUUUUAAACGUGCAAAAAAUGCAACUCUUCGAAAAUAA